GAAAUAGAGAAGUGACGCUUGUUCCACUUGCGGAACCUUGAAACAUUGCAUAAUUGUUUCACCGGACACAUUUUUCAGACGGACUUAACGCUAGCUUCGCUGGGUGAGCUAUUAUUGAUUUCAGAGAUGCCCAAAAAGAAAACCGGAGCCAGGAAAAAGGCGGAGAACCGCAAAGAGCGAGAGAAACAGAUCCGAGCCAACAGGGAGCAUGUGGAAGUGGCCAAACACCCCUGCAACGUGAACAUGGAAUGUGACAAAUGUCAGCGGAAGCAGAAGAACAGGGCUUUCUGCUACUUCUGUAACUCUGUGCAGAAGCUGCCUGUCUGCGCUCAGUGUGGUAAAACUAAGUGUAUGAAGGCUUCAGAUUGUGUUAUCAAGCAUCCAGGGAUCCACAGCACAGGAAUGGCCAUGGUGGGGGCAGUGUGUGACUUCUGUGAAGCCUGGGUCUGCCACGGUAGGAAAUGUCUGAGCACCCACGCCUGCUCGUGUCCUCUGGCCGACGCCGACUGCAUCGAGUGUGAGCGUGGAGUCUGGGAUCACGGAGGUCGGAUUUUCCGCUGUUCCUUCUGUCGGAAUUUCUUAUGUGAGGAUGAUCAAUUUGAGCACCAGGCCAGCUGUCAGAUCCUGCAGGCAGAAACCUUUAAAUGUGUUUCCUGUAACAGACUGGGACAACACUCGUGCCUGCGCUGUAAGGCCUGUUACUGUGACGACCAUGCCAAGAGUAAAGUGUUCAAACAGGAGAAAGGCAAGGCUCCACCUUGUCCGAAGUGCGGCCAUGAGACCCAGGAGACGAAAGACCUCAGCAUGUCCACUCGCACCUUGAAGUUCGGUCGGCAGGCCGGUGGCGACGACGACGACGACUACGAUGGCGCGUCCGGGUACGACGCCUACUGGAAGAACCUGGCAGCUGGAGGAAGCCGACAAGACGACUAUGGAGAUGAUGAUGAUGAUGACGAUGAGGAGGAAGAGGAGGAUGACGGGUAUGAGGAGGAUGAGGAAGAAGAUGAAGAUGAAGAGGAGGAUGAAACUGCUUCGGAGUCCCUGGCUGAGCUGAAGAUAGAUGGCACUGCAGCCUAAAGCGACACUCAACCAUCGCACAAGAUGUUGCCGUUUUACUGUUACGACUUUUCUCGUUAAAAUAAGAGCAUGUUUUGCUUUUAACAAAAUAUGAAACUUUACUCUUUUUUUUUUUUAUCUCGUUAAAACGUAAAACGUUCUCGUUUUAGCAAGAAACUGCUCCUGAAGUGGACACUUCUGUACUUUCAUGUGUAACAAAUUAUAUGAUGGGAAAUAUUUGUAGCUUUUAAUCUGUGCCGGAUCUCUGGAUACAUAGUUGUGGAUUUUUUUAAAUGCUUGAGUAUUAGCAAACAAAAACAUAACUGCCAUAUGUAGAAACAACACUGGUUCUUCCCAUGAGAUUUUUCUUGCCAAACAGAGUUGUGGGUCAUCUAUACUGGAUUCAAAUCAGGCGAAAAGCAGUCAAAGUCUAAGGAAAAUCCUCACAAAGGCUGAUUGAACUGUUGAUCAGAACCACUGUUAAAAAGCUGUUAGAAAGCAUAAAACAUAAGAAAUGACUGGUUCUCUAUUUGAAGCUCCUUAUCAUUCCAGCGCUCUCUGGCGACUUUUAGGAAUGUUGUGAACCAUUUUAAACUUCACCCUUCUGCAAGGAAUUGAAUGAAUAAAGUUUAAUAUGAAUCUAAAUCAAUAAAAUUGUGACUGAACAUU